CGUCACAGCGCGCGGGCUUGAAGUGUUGGACCCACCGGGUUUUAAUGGCUUUGGGUCUGCGCAACUCCGUACCCAGGCGCUGUGUUUGAAAUGCAGCGGGACUUAGUGAGUUUCCCGCUGUCUCCAGCGGUGCGGGUGAAGCUUGUGUCUGCAGGUUUCCAGAGUGCUGAGGAACUCCUAGAGGCGAAACCCUCCGAACUCAGCAAAGAAGUUGGGAUAUCUAAAGAGGAAGCCCUAGAAACUCUGCAAAUUGUAAGAAGAAAAUGUCUGACAAAUAAACCAAGAAAUGAUAGUACAUCUGAUACUUCAUGCAGAAAGUGUACGGCCCUGGACCUUCUUGAGCAGGAGCAUACGCAAGGCUUCAUAGUUACCUUCUGUUCUGCACUAGAUAAUAUUCUUGGGGGUGGCGUACCCUUAAUGAAAACAACAGAAAUUUGUGGUGCACCAGGUGUUGGAAAAACACAAUUAUGCAUGCAGUUGGCAGUAGAUGUGCAGAUACCGGAAUGUUUUGGAGGAGUGGCAGGUGAAGCUGUUUUCAUUGAUACAGAGGGAAGUUUUAUGGUUGAGAGAGUGGUAGACCUUGCUACUGCCUGCAUUCAACACCUUCAGCUUAUAGCAGGAACACACAUGGAUGAAGAACACGAAAAAGCUUUGGAGGAUUUCACUCUUGAAAAUAUUCUUUCCCAUAUUUAUUAUUUUCGUUGUCAUGAUUACACAGAGCUACUGGCACAAGUUUAUCUCCUUCCUGAUUUACUUUCAGAUCACUCAAAGGUUCGAUUAGUGAUAGUAGAUGGCAUUGCUUUUCCUUUUCGUCAUGACCUUGAUGACCUAUCCCUCCGUACUCGAUUACUAAAUGGCCUAGCACAGCAAAUGAUCAGCCUUGCAAAUCAUCACAGAUUAGCUGUAAUUUUAACCAACCAAAUGACAACAAAGAUUGAUAAAAGUCAGGCUUUGCUGGUUCCUGCUUUAGGGGAGAGUUGGGGUCAUGCUGCUACAAUUAGGCUAAUUUUUCAUUGGGACCAAAAACAAAGCAGGUUGGCAACAUUGUACAAAUCACCAAGCCAGAAAGGAUGCACAGUACCGUUUCAAAUCACACCUCAGGGAUUUAGAGAUGCUGCUGCCACUGCGUGUUCAUUGCAAACAGAAGAUUCGUUGAAUUCCCGGAAACGGUCUCGAGAUCCAGAUGAAGAACAGUAACCCCAAAAUACUGGGGAUUGAACUCUGGACCUUGUGCUUACAAGGCAGGCUUGAUGCCAUUGAGCUAAAUCGCGGGCCCUUCAGGUACCUUCUUUGAAUCUCAGACCUUGUCUCAUGUCCUUUUUGCUUCUUCUGUACACCUUUAUCCCACUGAGACCAUUCUUUUUUGUACUCUCAUUGGCUCCCACUGUCCAACUGAUUCUACCCUUUAAUCUCUUCUUCAAUCCAUCCUGCACUCACCUGAAAGAAUAUUUGGAUAUUAAAUUUUCUUAAAACAUGGUUUUUAGCCAGGCCUGGUAGCACAUGCGUGUAAUCCUUGCAUUCUGGAGGCUGAGGCAAGAGGAUCACUGAGAGUUCACAGCCAGCCUA